CAAGCUUCCUCAGAACACAAAAGAAAUGAGGGAGCUGAAAGAGAGCUGUUGAGAAUAUAAGCUCAUCAAACAUGCCAGAUGCUCGAGCAAAGGAGUGGUGGAAACCAUCGGUUUCACGCCAACAGUUCAUUAGUUGUAUAAACUAUCUAUUCGACGAUGGUUGUUGAAUUCCUCCAUGCUCUUCCGGUAUCCCUUCGCCUCCCCCUUACUAAAAAGCUCGUACAAAAUUAGAUGAGCAAUCAACGUUGUUUGAUAGCCACGAUUGGGGUUGUCUCCCUCGCCCCAAUACUCACAAGCCCCGCGCUUGCACACUUGACAUACACGACGGAAAACGCAUCUGGUUCCGACUUGCAGUUUGGCCUACUCGCUGGGCAAAACGAUAUGCUAAACUCGUGUGGAUCGGAGCCGGAAGUCAAAAUCCAAACACUUGAUAAGGAUCCUCGGCUCUUUUUCAAUGUUACUUCGCCGUCAAGUACAUUUAUAUGCGGCUCACAGGGUUCCAGGAAAAGCCAUAUCCUAGCAUGCCUGUUGGAGAAUUGCUUAAUCCCGUCACGGGCAGGGAGGCUUUCCAACCCCCUUACAGGCCUCGUAUUUCACUACGAUACAUUCAUCUGCGAUACAGGAGGGUCAUCCCGUGAAGCAGCAUUCUUGUCCUGGAGUUGAGGUUCGAGUGCUGUACUCUCCAACCAACGUGGAAAAAAUUCAGACCACCUAUUCUGGAUUUAAUACUGUUGUCGAAACGCUAAAAAUCGAUCAAAAGGAUCUCAAUACAAAAUGAAUGGUGGAUCUAAUGGCAGUUGGCCAGGAUGACGGGCCAAUGCCACUUUAUAUGCAUACAUUGAAACGGAUUUUGCAGGAAAUGCGAAUUUCACAGCAACAGUUGGGUACCAAGUUCAAUUAUCGAGAAUUCAAGAAAAUGGUGAUGGAGUCUGGUUUGACUCCUGCCCAGCUUGAACUCCUCAAGCAACGUUUAGAUACCCUAGAGAGCUUCAUGCCGCAAACACAAAUCGCGGCUUACAAAAACAUUGGGAAAAAUGAUGCAGGAGGCUCAGACUGGAAACCUGUACCAGGUCGAUUAACUGUCCUUGAUCUCUCAUGUCCCUGCAUUUCACCGGAAACGGCGUGGCUCACUUUUUAACAUCUGUUUAGAAAUUUUUCUUGAGCAGAAUCCAGACAUUGGCAGAGUAGUUGCCUUGGACGAAGCACACAAGCGGCAUCUUGGCGUUCGCAUAAUCAUAUCUACCCAGGAGCCAACCAUAUCAUCUGCGCUUUUGAACCGGAGUGGCUGCGAAGCCUGAACCGACAUUUAUCGCCUGAGUUGGAAACCCCCAAAGUGGGUGGAUAUCAUAGAUGAACAAAAUUUGAAGGUUGCUGGCGCCCUAUAGUGCAGUCAGGGGCACUCAGGCCCUCAGUUUUGUGAUAGGCCUUUUAGGGCACAAACAAUUCCUACUCUGAUUAGAACCCAUCAUUUCAGCCCUGGCAAGUGAGAACUUCAUGGGCUCAAAAUGUUGCUGGUCAAGAUUUUCUGCCAAUAACAACAUAUCCUGGUUUAAAUGUAUGUCAAUACCAGCUAUGUAUACCAGUUUCCAGCAGAUACUCACCAACACCUGUGUCUCUUGC